AACCCGAGAACGUAGACCUGUUGUCCCUUGACAGAAUCAUCAAAACCCUUCGUUGAGUCCUCAGCUCUCUGACUCUCUCUAUCCACUCUUCCAUAGUUCCAUUCCUCGACAGUAUCUUUCCCUAAGCUCCACGAUCUUGUACUGCUCCUAAUACUGCUUUCAGUCUCUCUACAUCUGUAUUUAUUACUCCGACGGAAGUUCGAAUCAAGUAUUACUCAUAUUGUUUGUUGAUAUAUUGUUUGAAUUUCGCUCUCAGCUCCUAAAUCCAGCCCUAAUAAUGGUCGAACAAAGUGAGGAGGAGAAGCGAAUCGAGGCCGAGCAAAUCGAGAAGCUCUACGAGUUUGGCGAGCGCAUCAAUGAGGCCAAGGACAAGUCUCAGAAUGCCCGUGACUACCAGGGAAUUAUCGAGGCUACCAAGACUAGCAUAAAGACCAAGCAGUUGGCGGCGCAGCUUAUUCCACGGUUCUUCAAGUUUUUUCCCGAAUUUUCCAGCCAGGCCGUGGACGCUCAUCUCGACUUGAUCGAGGAAGGAGAUACACAUGUGCGAGUUCACGCUAUUCGUGGGCUUCCCCUCUUCUGCAAGGAUACCCCUGAGUAUCUUCCAAAAAUUGUAGACAUUCUUGUACAACUCCUUGCAGCUGAGGAAUUUUUGGAGCGAGAUGCUGUCCAUAAAGCCAUUAUGUCCUUACUGAGACAGGAUGUGAAAGCUUCUUUGUCUGCCUUGUUUAAGCAUAUUGGGAGUGUUGAUGAACCGUCUACAGAUGAAUUUAUCCGUGAGAAAGUUUUAAGCUUUAUAAGAGAUAAGGUUUUCCCUCUUAAAUCUGAACUCUUGAAGCCUCAAGAGCAAAUAGAAAGACAUAUAACUGAUUUGAUAAAGAAGAGUUUAGAAGAUGUUACUGGAGCAGAAUUUAGAAUGUUUAUGGACUUCUUGAAAAGUUUGAGCUUGUUUGGAGAGAAAGCUCCCCCUGAGCGUAUGAAGGAGCUUGUUGGGAUAAUUGAAGGUCAGGCAGAUUUAGAUGCGCAAUUCAAUGUGUCAGAUACGGAUCAUAUCGACAGGUUGAUAUCAUGCCUUUACAUGGCUCUUCCAUUCUUCCUGAGGAAUGCAUCAAGCAGCAAAUUCCUCAAUUAUUUGAACAAACAUCUUAUACCUGUUUUUGAUGAGCUUCCGGAGGAACGGAAACUUGAUUUACUCAAAGCCCUUGCUGAAAUUUCACCAUAUACAACGCCACAAGAUUCACGCCAGAUUCUUCCGGCUGUUGUUCAGCUACUACAGAAGUAUAUGGCUCGGAAGAAGACUGGAGAAGAGAUGAAUUUUACUUAUGUGGAGUGUUUGUUGUAUGCGUUCCACCAUUUAGCUCAUAAGGCUCCAAAUGCGACCAACAGUUUAUGUGGUUAUAAGAUAGUGACUGGCCAACCAUCAGAUAGACUUGGUGAGGAUUUCUCAGAGAAUUACAAGGACUUCACUGAGAGGUUGAGUAACGCAGAAGAACUAACUAGGGCUACCAUGAAAAAGUUAACCCAGGGAAUGGCUGAGCAUAGCAAAGCAAUGGCAGCAGCUAAAUCUGAUGAAGCAAAGGAUAGCAUCAAAACUCAAAAACAGAACACCACAACUGGGCUGCGAACCUGCAAUAACAUAUUGGCAAUGACAAAGCCUCUGCAUUCAAAAACGCCUUCAUUUAUCGGAGACAAGAGUGUCAAUCUCUCUUGGAAAGAAGCAGUGAAACCUUCUGUGUCUUCCACCAGCACUACUGUGGGAGGGAAACGGCCUGCUGCCGCUGCCAACGGUUCCGGUAGUUUGGGCAAGAAGGGCCGUGGAGCUGGUGGCAUGCAAAAUCAACUUGUCAAUAGGGCAUUGGAAGAUAUUUCUCAUGGAGGAAGGCGUGGUGGCAGGGGCAGGGGCAGGGGCAGGGGCAGGGGCAGGGGCAGAGGCUGGGGUGGACGCGGAAGAGGCUUGGGUGGACGUGGAAGAGGCUACUGGUAGAUUUGAUUCAUGUGCACACAGGAAGAACAGAGUUUCAAAAGAGUUAAUAUGUACCACAAGAAUGGAAAUAGAAGUCAUGUACUAAACUUUUCUGGGGGAAUGAGAUUUGAUACUUCAGAGGCAGCAAACCAGCUUUUAGAUUUAUUGCGAACUAACAACAACGAUUAAUUUGGACUUGUUCUAGUAGAAUGGCUUGGGAUGGGCUUUUAGCUUCGGAUUUAGGAAUCGCUUCAUGCUUUGCAGUGGGAUUAUGCGAGUCAGGUUUAUGUAAGAUGAGGUGUGUGGCAAAAUUCAAUGUUCAGACGUUUUGAAUGUUUUUCCUGUCAUUUUGACUGUUUAGAUGAAA